GAGCGUGAGGAGGAGGACCGGGAAUACACUCAUGUUCCCCGAGCUCUAGAAAAAACACCUCCAACUCCUUUAGAGUUAAAACGCAAUAAAAGCGAAUAGGGGGUUUUAAGAAAAAAAAAAAAGAAAAAAAAAAGACGGACAAAAGAAGCUUUGGUCAUUUUUACGCGUCAGUCGGCUAGAACGCAACCACGGAAUCCAACGGGACAGUCCGAUUCAGUCAAUACUUCGAUACUGUUAUGAAGCGAGAAUGAGUACUGCAGACGACAGCGGGAGCAAGUGCUCGUCGGGCCCCGUUUCCAGCUUUACUAUCCAAUCCAUUUUAGGCACGCCGUCCGAUGAGCCGCGCUCCGGAGCCAAGGAGCUGUCCAAGGGACCGUCGCCGACGCGUAGGCGCUCGCUGUCGGUGUCUUCCGAGGAGGAAUGCAGCGGAGGGGAGGACUCAGCCGACUGCUUCUGCUCCGAGACGGGUCACAGCGAGCCGUGCGCACAGCACCAAGCCCACAACUUCUCCUGUAUAGGUGCCGCUAAAGGUCUUCUGUCUGGGAAUGACGGACUCGCACGGCGGCCGCACCUGUCCCAGCCUCUGCUCCAGGAUUACAAGAAGGAACAGGACAGACCGUGCCAUCAGCUGUCGCCUCUGUCGGAGGAAAGACAAGCGGACGGCGCCGAUAAGCACGGCAAUUCUGCUAAGAAAAAGACGCGUACGGUUUUCUCCCGGAGCCAGGUGUACCAGCUGGAGUCCACCUUCGACAUGAAGCGCUACCUGAGCAGCUCAGAACGGGCCUGUUUGGCAUCCAGCCUCCAGCUGACGGAGACUCAGGUCAAGACCUGGUUUCAGAACAGGAGGAAUAAGUGGAAAAGGCAGCUCUCCGCCGAGCUGGAGGCGGCCAACAUGGCCCACGCCUCCGCACAGACACUAGUGGGGAUGCCGCUGGUUUUCAGAGAUAACAACCUCCUGCGUGUCCCUGUCCCUCGGUCCAUCGCCUUCCCGACGCCCCUUUAUUACCCGGGGAGCAACCUGCCAGCGUUACCUUUAUACAACCUGUACAACAAAAUAGAGUACUGAUGGACUGUUCUCUACAAUAAACACUGCAGUCUGGGUGAAAAGACGCAUUUCAAACAAUACAACAUUUAUAUAGGUGUUUCCAUAACCUCCAUGUAUAAUAAUUGUAUCACUUUAUUUGUUGGAAAAAAAAUCUGUAAGUUAAAAGAGAAAGCAAUCAAGCUUCCCCUACAUAUAAAAUACACCAUGUGUAUUACUGACAACGAUGACAACAAAUUUGUACCUUUUUUAAUUGUUAUCUUCAUUUAAAACAUUGAUUUCAAGACUUAAAAAAAACACCUGGAUGUCUAGAUUUAAAAGGAGCUGCUUUACACUUUUAUUUAUAAAGGAUUUUUUUAUUUUAUUUUACCAAAGACACAUAUUCGUACACAUAAUGAAAUAUAUCAUUGUUUUCUAUUGUAAUUUAGACCCUCAGUUAUAAUUACAUUCAAUAAAUUU